AUGGGCCGCUACCGCAUCCGCGUGGCCACCGGGACCUCGCUCUUCGCCGGGUCGCACAACCGCGUGCAGCUGUGGCUGGUCGGGGCGCGCGGGGAGACGGAGCUGGAGCUGCAGCUGCGGCCCGCGCGCGGUCAGGAGGAGGAGUUUGAGUACGAUGUUCCUGAGGACUUGGGGCCGCUGCAGUUCGUGAAGCUGCGCAAACACCACUCCCUGGUGGACGACGCAUGGUUCUGCGACCGCAUCACCGUGCAGGGCCCUGGAGCCUGCGAGGAGGCCGCCUUCCCAUGCUACCGCUGGGUGCAGGGCAACGGAGUGCUGUGCCUGCCCGAAGGCACGGCCCGCCUGUCAGGGAACAACGCAUUGGACGUGUUCCAGAAACAUCGAGAGAAGGAACUAAAAGAAAGACGUCAGAUAUACCGCUGGGCCACCUGGAAGGAAGGGUUACCCCUGACAAUAGCUGCGGGCUGUGAGGACGAUCUACCUGCAAAUAUGAGAUUCCAUGAGGAGAAGAGGCUGGACUUUGAGUGGACACUGAAGGCGGGGGCUCUGGAGAUGGUCCUCAAACGCGUUUAUACCCUCCUGAGCUCCUGGGACCGCCUGGAGGAUUUUGAUCAAAUCUUCUGGGGCCAGAAGAGUACCCUGGCUGAGAAGGUUCGCCAGCACUGGCAGGAUGAUGAAUUUUUUGGCUACCAGUUCCUCAAUGGCGCCAACCCCAUGCUGUUGAGACGUUGCACCUCUCUGCCCUCCCGGCUAGUGCUGCCCUCGGGGAUGGAGGAGCUACAGGCCCAGCUGGAGAACGGACUCCAGAACAGUUCCCUGUUUGAGGCUGAUUUCAUCCUCCUGGACGGAAUUCCAGCCAAUGUGAUCCGAGGAGAGAAGCAAUACCUGGCUGCCCCCCUCGUCAUGCUGAAGAUGGACCCCAGUGGGAAACUGAUACCCCUGCUCAUCCAGAUCCAGCCUCCCAGCCCCAGCUCCCCAACCCCACCACUGUUCCUGCCCUCAGAUCCUCCACUUGCCUGGUUCCUGGCAAAGUCCUGGGUCCGAAAUUCAGAUUUCCAACUGCACCAGCUCCAAUAUCAUCUGCUGAACACCCAUCUGCUGGCUGAGGUCAUCGCUGUGGCCACCAUGAGGUGCCUUCCGGGGCUGCACCCUGUCUUCAAGCUCCUGAUCCCACACAUCCGCUACACGAUGGAAAUCAACACCCGGGCACGGAGCCAACUCAUCUCAGACGGAGGCAUAUUUGAUAAGGCAGUGAGCACCGGUGGAGGGGGCCACGUGCACUUGCUCCGCCGGGCCCUGGCGCAGCUGACCUACUGCUCCCUCUGUCCUCCUGACAAUCUGGCUGACCGCGGCCUGCUGGGAACCCCGGGUGCUCUCUAUGCCCGCGAUGCUUUACGGCUCUGGGAGAUCACUGCCCGGUAUGUGGAGGGAAUCGUCCACCUCUUCUACCACGGGGAUGACGUUGUGAGAGGGGACCCUGAGCUGCAGGCCUGGUGUCGGGAGAUCACUGAGGUGGGGCUGUGCCAGGCCCAGGACCGAGGUUUCCCUGUCUCCUUCCAGUCCCAGAAUCAACUCUGCCAUUUCCUUACCAUGUGUGUCUUCACGUGCACUGCUCAGCAUGGGGCCAUCAACCAGGGCCAGCUGGACUGGUAUGCCUGGGUCCCUAAUGCCCCAUGCACAAUGCGGAUGCCCCCACCCACCACCAAAGAAGACGUGACAAUGGCCACAGUGAUGGGUUCACUACCUGAUGUCCGACAGGCCUCUCUUCAGAUGGCCAUCACAUGGCAUCUGGGUCGCCGCCAGCCAGACAUGGUGCCUCUGGGGCAUCACAAAGAAAAGUAUUUCUCAGACCCCAAGGCCAGGUCUGUACUUAACCAAUUCCAAACAGAUUUGGAAAACUUGGAAAGGGAGAUUACAGUCCGGAAUGAGCAACUUGACCUGCCCUAUGAAUACCUAAAGCCCAGCCUCAUAGAGAACAGCAUCACUAUCUGAGCUCUAGGGCGCCCCCACCAGAAAGACUGCAGAUCAGCUCCAAGACUGACAGUUUCAUCUUGAGUUUCAUGGUUUCGUAAGUCUCUGCUGUUGAGGCUCUAUUUCCUCCCCCAGUUAAACCCCCUACAUCUGUAUCCCACGAGUCCAAGGGGCAGCAAAGCUUUUCUGUAAAGGGCCUGAUAAUAUUUAGGUUUUGUAGGCCACACAGUCUCUGUCACAGGUACUCAACUCUCCUCUUGUAGCAUAAAAGCAGCCACAGGCAACGUGUAAAUGAAUGUGACUGUGUUCCAAUAAAACUUUAUUUAUGGACAGUGACAUAUGAAUUUUCUGUGUCACAAAAUAUCCUCCUUUUGGUUUAGUCAACCAUUUUAAAGUCCAAAAAAAAAAAAAAAAAAGCGAACAAAACCCUGUGCUUUGCUAGAGGGACAUGCGCAGGCUGAAGGCUGGAUUUGG